CUGCGACCAUUAUCCCAUUUCGCAGCCCAAUUGCAAGCAUCAUGGCCGCCGUCUGCACCUACUUCAGCAGUACCAUCCUGGCCGAGCGUGCCUGUGUCUGGAGCGCCAUCCACGCCGAGCAAGUCCUCGACGACGACGACGACGACUGCGACUUUGAGCUGGGCCCGCCGCCGCCCAUGCACAUGGGCCCGACGCUCAUGCGCCAGUGCGCCGUCGACUUGACGCUCCCGCAGACGUCGCUGCCGUCGCUCUCGAAUACGUCGAUGCGCAAGCUGUGCUUUGCGACCGAGCGAAGCAGCUCACUCGAGCAGCAGCGCGUGCUAUGAGCGCUUUGACGUAAAUGAAGAUGCACGGCCCCCCCUACGCUGUGUGUUUCACCACCACCCACCACCCUCGACGCCGUACUACGGCGGACGCCCUAUCUUAUUCUACUACUGAUGUACCCUUAUUUAAUACGAGUCCCAACUACCGUCAUGUGACUGCGUUGCUCGAGUCCAACGAGAAGAGUACUUGGGCAGCAGCGACGACCCUCGCAAUGGCUGGCACCAGCUGCUCUCGGACGCAUCGCGGAGAGCCA